GCCGCCCACAGGUGGGGCCAGCCCUGGCGCUCCCCCCGCCGGGCCCUGGUUGCCGGGCGCUAAAGCAAACGGGCUCUAUUUGCCCAGUCGGCGAUGACAAUGCCGUCGCCAAAUAUUUGCCAGGCUGGGCGGCCACAGGGCCUGCCUAUAAAUGCUUGAGCCCAGGUGGAGGCGGGCCUGCCGAGCAGAGCUGCGGCCCAGCCAGCCAGCGCCUCCGCCCCGAGGUGAGGAGAUGGCCGCCGGCGUGAUCAGGCCCCUGUGCGGCUUCCCGCUGCCCCUGCCGUCCCACCGGCCCUUCCUGCCCCCUGCCCCCGAGCCCCUGGGAACAUCUGAGGAAGAGGAGGAGGCAGAGGAGGCAGAGGAGGAGGACCAGAACCUGGGGCCGGAGGAUGAAGGGCCGGGCGGCUGCAGCCCGGGGCCCUGGAGCUCAGGGGCCGCCCCGCACGCCCCCGGCAGCCCCGAGUCGCCUCUGCGGCUGCUGCGCUUCUCGGAGCUCAUCAGCGGCGACAUCCAGCGAUACUUCGGCCGCAAGGACAAGGGGCAGGACCCGGACGCCCGAGAUGUGUAUGCCGACUGCCGGGCGGAGCCGGAGCGCCUGGCCGCGGGCGGGCCCCUGGGGGCCGAGGGGGCCGCAGAGCCCGGCACCUGCUCGCCCGGGACGCCCGAGGGGCGGGCGCGCAGGCCGGGUGCCGGCGGGGCGGGGGCGGCGCCACUGGGGCCCCUGGCCGAGCUCUUCGACUUCGGGCUGCGCCGCUUCCCGGAGCCCAGCGAGCCGGGCGCGGCGGCCGGGCGCAGGCUGAGGCUGGAGCGCAAGUACGGCCACAUCACCCCCAUGGCCCAGAGGAAGCUGCCUCGGUCCUUCUGGAGGGAGCCGGCGCCCAGCGCCCUGGGCCUGCUGCCCCCGGGCACCCCGGACUUCAGCGACCUGCUGGCCAGCUGGUCGGCGGAGGCCGGCCCCGAGCUGCCGGGCACCCAGGCCCUGGAGGGGCCACAGCUGGCCGAGGCCUAGCC